AUGAGAACCGCCACUAUCGCAACGAUCGCCGUCGCAAUGCUGAUGUGCAUCGAGGGCAUUGCGGCUCGAUCGCCACUGGAUCGCCAGAAGGAUUAUGAUUACGAUUACGAUGGCAAUAGCGGAAGUAGCGGCGGCGGUGGAGGUGGCUACAGCAGCAGCUACUCGCCGAAAUCCGGUUACAGUGCUGGUAGUGGCUUGCGCUCGAUCGCCCAAGGAUCAGCCGAUCAGGCAAACUCGGCCGUUGCCAAUCAGCACGCGGCAGCCAAGCAGGCAGCUUACGUGGCCCAGAACACGUUGGCUCAGGCAGCAGCUCAGGCGGCCGCUACGGCGCAGGCCGCCCUCGCCGGCAAACACGUGCUGUUGCAGGGUCUGGAGCAGCAGAACCUUGAGGCCCACCAGGCACUGGACGCGGAGAUCCAGCAGCUGCAGCAGGCGAAGCGAUCGGCCAAGGCAGCGCAACAUGCGGCCCAGCAAGCCCUUAACCACGUGCAGGUGCUGACCAGUGCGCUGAACAAUGCCCAGGUUGCGGCCGAACACGCUCAGCAGAGUGCUAGUGAGGCGGCGGCUGAAUUGGCUUCCCAAACGCAGAUGGUCGGUACGGCCAAGUCGCGCGUCGAAGCAAUCGAGGAGCAGCUCAAUGCGGCCCGUGUCGAUUUCGAGGCGACGCAAGAGGCGGCCCACAAGGCAGCUGCCUCGGCACAGGAAGCGCAGAAUAAUGCGGCCGAAGCGGCUGCCCAUGCUGCCAUCCCGAUCGUACACGUCGGUCAAUCGAUCGAGUCAUCGCACGGUGGCCACCAUACGCUCCAGGCCAAGAUCGGCAAGGUCGGCGGCGGCGGCGGCGGUGGUUCCGGUGGCUCCAAGGGUCAUAAGCUGCACUCGUCCGAGGACGAGAUCAACAGUGGCGAGAUCGAGGUGGCCGCUAAUCACAACUACGGUGACUUCAAGGCGUCGCAGCAAGCGUUCAGCUUCGCUGGCUACUGA